CGCCCGUGCAAACUCACCCAAGCAGCACAUCCAAGUAAUCAUCGAUCGCCUCUGCUCACAACUCGCAAGCAACAGCUGAUCUGUCGGAGCUCCAGGCCGCUCCCGAUUCUCAGGAGGAACCAAGAUCUCUGGUCGUCGGAGCCGCCGCCGCCGCGCGACACGGGAUGGGCAACCUUGUCUCGCAGUGCGUCGCGAGCGGCGCCGGGGCGCGGGCGCGGCCUCUGGUCGUCGGGCCGGACGGCAGCCGGGCGCGGGUGGAGGAGCACACCGGGGUCGCCGAGUUGAUGAUCGACGCGCCGGGGCACGUGGUGGCCCGCGCCGCCGGCGCGACGGCGGAGCGCCGGGUGCGGGCGAUGGCGGCCGACGAGCUCCUGCGCGCCGGCGAGGUGUACCUCCUCGUGCCCGCCGGGCGCGCCGGCGCGCGGCUGGGCGACCGUGAGGUCGAGGCCAUCGCGUUGCUGGUCUCGGGGAAGAAGAAGAAGAAAACGAGGAAGAGCAGGCCCGCCGGCGGCAAGGUCUUCCCGGAGGUCAACGCCGUGGAGGACGACGCGGUCGAAGGGAACGAGGCGGCCCUGUGUGCCGGUAAACGGGCCCAGGAUCAUCAUGGGCUUGGGCCCAGGCAAUGGAGGCCCGCCCUGGAUACCAUCUACGAGGCCUAGAUUUGUUUCUGAUUAUUUUAAAAAAAAAUGACUUCUGAUUAGUUUUAGAGAGAGAUAGAGGCCUAGAUUUGUUUCUGAUUAGUUUUUUUAAUGACUUCUGAUUAGUUUUAGAGAGAGAUAGAAUAGGAAAUCCGAUUCUUUCAUUCAUAGAAUUUUUGGCUUGUUCUUCCUUCCGCAGUGAGGUUGGGAGGAGAAGUUGUGCAUACAUCUUGUAAAGAUUUUAACCCCUUGAUGUAGUCAGAUGAGAAAUGUCAAUAUUAGUGGUUGAUGGAGGUGAGUGAAAUUAGUUGCCCCGUA